AUGCUGUCACGGCUCGUCCUGGCGCCCCGUGUGGGCAUGGCCAGUCUGGCCCGACAAGCCGCCGUUCCCAGCGUGCGCACCCGUGCAGCCAUCAAUGGGCCCUCGGCGCUCCUCGCCAGAGCCUACUCGCAAGAGAACAACAACAAGAACAGAGCCUCGCAUCCCAAAAAGGACGCUGCACCAGGCGCAAAUAAGGGCCCUGCCGCCAGCGAGGAAGCUUCUUCAUCGCAGAAGUCGGCUGAGGCUUCAUCGUCGCAGCAGCAACCCAAGGAUGCUUCUUCUGCAAAGGCCGAGUCGUCAGCUGAUUCCGCCAAGGAGCCCGAGCAAAUACCUUUCCACAAGCUCCCCGAUCUGACGCAAGGCAUCCCCUCAACCUUUGCGCAGGAAAUGGCCGAAAAGGCUGGUAAAAGGCCCUCGUCGUAUCUUCAGACGAUCGAAGAAGAAGAGAGCUCCACCUCCCGCGAAAGACGCGACCCUUACGAUUCGUACGAGUCAACGCAUCAGCUCAAUCGCCGAAAAUAUACACGAGUCGCGCUGGCUCUGGCCGCCAUCGGUGGUGUCGGCACUUUGGUCUACAUGGGUCGCAAUUGGGAAGACUCGGUUGAUAUUCAACGGCAUCCUGAUGCGCCUAACGGCUGGGGUGUCGGUCUAUGGUGGGACAGAGUCAAGGCUCGCACGACCGAGUCCGUCACAUACUACCAAGAGCCAGCCUUUGACAAGCUGCUACCAGACCCUCAGCCAUACUUUGCGCGCCCAUACACGCUGUGCUUGAGCUUGGACGAGCUCCUUGUUCAUAGCGAAUGGUCUCGCGAGUAUGGCUGGCGAGUCGCCAAACGCCCCGGCCUCGACUACUUCCUCCUCUACCUAUCCCAGUACUAUGAGCUGGUUCUCUUCACCACAGCCUCCAGCGUCAUGGCCGAAAACGUCCUGCAGAAGCUAGACCCUCACCAUAUUGUCAUGUGGAGACUAUACCGCGAAGCUACCAAGUUUGAGGACGGUGAAAUCGUCAAGGAUCUCUCCUACCUUAAUCGCGACUUGUCCAAGGUCAUCAUGAUCGACACAGAUGCGAAACUCGUGCGCAAACAACCCGAAAACGCCAUCAUCCUCCCUCCCUGGAAGGGCAACUCUUCCGACCGCGGCCUCAUCAACCUGAUUCCCUUCCUCGAGUACAUUCAUACCAUGGAAUACGAUGACGUCCGCCGCGUCAUCAAGUCCUUUGAAGGCAAGGACAUAGCCGAAGAGUUUGCGCGCCGCGAGGCCCUCAUGCGCCGCGAGUUUGAGAAGCGCAACAAGUCGGAGCGCAAGCCCAAGGUCUCUGGCAUGGCCGCCCUCGGCAACAUGGUCGGCCUCAAGCCCGGAAACAUGAGCAUGAUGCAGCCUGAGGGCGAGCAGAGCGCCAGCGAGGCCUUUGCCCAGGGCAAGAUGCUCCAGGACAUUGCGCGCGAGCGCGGCCAGCGCAACUACGAAUUCAUGGCGCAGAAUAUCCGCGAAAACGGCGAGAAGUGGCUCCAGGAGGAAAAGGAAAUGAUGGAAAAGGCCCAGCAAGAGGCCAUGAGCAACAUGAUGGGCUCCUUUGGCGGCUGGUUCGGUGUUGGCAAACCCGCCGAUGGCGCCGCCGCCACCGGUUCCGACGCCAAGAAAUAA